AUGUGCGAGCAGAUUGGAAAUUUUUAUAUCACUUGGCCUUCACUAUAUUGGCCAUCAGAUGAUGAAGUACUUUUAUGUAAUCAGAAUGAUAUUCGGUUAUUUACAAUUAUCUGGACAAUAAUAUUUUAUACUGUGAUAUAUGGAACGGCAGGAAUAUGGGCAUGGAUAGUAUUUCAUAAGAACAGAUGGUCAUUUCUUUUUCCGAUUGGAUUUAUUGGAGUUGCAUUAUUAUCAGGACUUUUAGGAGGAACGAUAGUUGGAUUUGUUUUAGGAGCUUUAUACAACUUUGGUAAAUUUGAAAUGUCAGUUUGGAUUCCAUUUUUUUGGGGAUUGAUUCAAGCAUUGGUAGCUUUAAUGGGCAGAACAAUCAAAUCAUCUAACCCAUGGAGAACCAGAAACAAUGAUAACCAAGUCACUGGUCAUAACUACAAUGUGGGACACGUUAUGUUACCUGUAUACGAUGAACUCUUGGCCAAAAAUAAGCAAGAAGAAAGACAGAAUUCACUUAGUCAGGAUUCAACAGGAGAACGAUUAGAGCCUUUUCCCUCUACCCCCUUUUCCCCAUUAUCGGAAUCAGGAAUUGAUGCCAAGCAUGGAGACAUGGGUACAUGGAAAUUGUGCGGAAACCAAUCUGUAGACGCAUCUACCUCAAUUGAGACCAAAACCUCUAAUCCAAACUCUCACUAUAGAAUCACGAAUAAGGAUUCUUUGCAGUUGGAUACAGAUCAUAUUGAAAACUUUGCUGAAACCUAUGGCAUCACUGGUAUUCAUCCUAUAAUUACAGACCAUUCUGGGUAUGAUGUUUGGAUGUUGGAUGAUAAUAGCCAUUGCUCUUAA